AUGUGUGACUUCAUCGACGUUCGAGUGGGCUGUCAUUCGGACUGGUCGUUGCCAAUUUGGCGAGUGUCCGAGCUACGCGAAUGGGCCGAUUGGACGUUUGGGCGGACCGAGAGGAUUUGGGUGGGCUACAAGUUGAUCAUUAAAAGCAAACGCAAGACUUGGCCCAACACCAACAUUGUCUGCCUUGUACAUGUACACACACGGGGGUGGUGCAUGUACACGGCGCGGGUCGGAAAUUUGGAGUUAGCUGACUCGAAAAUAGGGCGACCAUUGCCCAAUUCUGUCCUUUAUGGACUAUCAAAUCUGGGCCUUCGUCUCAAACCUUUCGAGGGGCAACUUCGAGGGUCAAACUCCGGACGUCGACUCCCAAUAGUUCUCGUAUUUGACCAUAGGUUUCUCUGCUCCGAAGAAAUCUGCUUGGGGCAAAAAUCGGUUGGCACAUGUUCAAAUAGAGACGUUGACACUUUAAAGACACAUUGUUUCGGCCAGACUAUGGGAAAAAAUUGUGGCCAUCGAAACGGAAACCUCAGAGAGAGCUUGACGUCUAAUUCGCUCAUUGCGUCGAGUCGACGUGCAAACAUUCGCAGGUUGUAA